UAGAAAAAAAAGGUUUGACAAGUAGUUCGUGAAGUUUACAAAGUUUUGUAAACAAAAAUUAUUUUCCUUAAGGUUUUUGAUUAAUUGAAAUUCGUUUUCUUAAAUUAAUUCAAAAUUUCACAUCUUGUGAUAUAAUCAAAAGAUUUCCUACUGCAGUAGAAAGUACUUAGCAAUGGAGCAAGUUCUGCAGCAUGUGGCCCAGACGGUGGAGAAACAGCUGGACAAUGAGUUGGAGAAACUGGAUGCAAUGGACAGCAAUGACUUAGAGGCAAUCCGGAGACAGCGCAUUGAGGAGAUGAAGAAGAGAGCCAAGCUGAAGCAGGAGUGGCUUGCUAAUGGUCACGGAGAAUACACUGAGAUAGAUGGUGAAAAGGAGUUCUUUGGUGUUUGCAACAAGAGUGAGAAUGUUGUUUGCCACUUCUACCGCUCGGACACGCCGCGUUGUCGCAUUGUAGAUAUGCAUCUGCAGACCCUUGCUAAGAAACAUGUCGAGACGAGGUUCAUCAAGCUGGAUGUGGAGCGAGCACCGUUCCUUACAGGUCGCCUCAAGAUCCGUGUGCUGCCCACCAUAGGUCUGGUAAAGGACAAGAAGACUAAAGACUUCAUUGUUGGCUUCACCGACCUCGGCAAUUGUGAUGAUUUCACUACUGAAGUACUAGAGUGGAGGAUAGCCAGGGCAGAAGUAAUCGAGUACUCUGGCGACCUGUUGGUCCCGCCGGCGGAGGCGCGACGUCAGCGAGCUCUCACAGUUCACGCUAAGAAGACUAUAAGAGAGAAACAAGACAGUGACUCGGAUUUAGAUUUCAGCGAUUGAUAAAUUAUUAUAUUAUAUUCCAUUUUAUAAUACGCUUACAAAUUCUUGUAAAAAAACUACUCAAUUGGUAGUUUUUUUGAAUGGCAACAUUCGUCAUUCUUAAAGGAAAUAUGUGCCUUUUUUGUUUAUACUCUUUUAAUAUAAGCCAUUUUAUUUUGUUUAAUUUUUAACAUACUCAAAACUAAGCAUAAAAAUGGUUUUGUGUAUAGCUCACUAGACUACGUCCGUGCGGAAUUAAAAAAUAAUAAUUAGUAGUCCAUAUGUUGAAACUAUGUUCUAUAACAUUAUAAAAUUUUAAUGAGAUCCCUUAAACCGUUCUGGAGGUAUACACCUACAUGGCUAUACACAUAAGUUUUGUUGGCUACGGAAUAUUAUAUUUAUUUUAUUUGCAUAAAAAUAAAUUGAGAUAACUUUGCUAUUUUUAAUA